UUAAAAAUCUCUCUAAUCUCUUCAAUCCCUGAUUUCUCAUUUCUUUCUAGGGUUUCUCUUCUUCUUCCUUUCGACCCCUCCUGAUUCAAUUCAACUCCGGCCUUGAUUUCGAUUGCAACUCCCCGGCCAUGCUAUUCUUUCCUCAAUGAGGCAACUCGAGCAGCUCCCAAUCUCUCCGGAGGUGGCGCAGCCGACCGGAGGGGGCCUCCACUCUUGGUUCUUGGAUUGCCAUGGCCUCUGGUACACCCUUGCUCUUACCCUCCCUUCUGUCCUCUUCAUCGCCUACCUUGCCUCCCAAGCUCGCCGCAGCUUCAAUACCCUCCGCUUUGGUCGCUCCUACAUCAUCAUCCUCUACUACGCUCUCCUUUGGAUCGUCAGCGUGCUCAAUCUUUUUUGGUGUCUCGCUCAGGCCUGGCAAUGCACUUCUGGCAAGGAGUUAUCUUGGAAUCUAUUAACUUUGUUUACAACAUCUGGGCUGUUAUUUUUAGAAGUUAGUUUGGUGGCCUUUCUACUUCAAGGAAAUUAUACUACUGGGUUGGAGUCCUUGACUCAGACCCUUGUAAUUUCAGGAGUUAUUGUUGCUGCUGAUAUUAUCAUUAAGAUUAUCUAUAUCUUUGGUUUCGGGAUACCAUUGUUCAUUGAUGCAAGUGAGACUACAAAUCGGGUGAAAUGGGGAUUAUGGAUUGUCCACAAGCUGCUUCUUACAGCAAUCUACGGCUUCAUUCUAUUCAUGCACCAUUCAAAAUGGAGGGAGAGGCUACCUGCGAGGCCAGCCUUCUACAACUACAUCUGUGCAAUGUUCUUGUUAUAUGUCAUAGCACUGUUUGGCUGCGUCCUGGCCGGAAAUGGAGCUGGGUUUGGAUUCUGGCUCUAUAACCUCGCAACGGUUUGCUAUCACUCCCUUUAUCUUCCACUCAUCUACGUAACCUUCCUGGCCGAUUUUUUCCAGGAGGAUGAUCUAAGGCUUGAAAAUGUGUACUAUUCUGAGAUGAAAGACGCCGGUUUCUUCGAUGCUGAUUGGGAUUGAGAUUUCGAUGUUAAACAAAUGCAUUCCAAUGUAUGCAUUAUCCAGGUAAAUUGGUGCAUGUCCUAUAAUCAAUUACUUUGUAUAUUGUAAAUAAUCUGACAUAUUAUGUUUAAUGUGUUUUCACUGGAGUCUUGUGAUGGAUAAAUAUACUGUUUCAGCAAUUGUUUGAUA